UAUGCAGUUAUAAUAUGGUAAUCAUCAAAUAGAAUAUAAGUCUUUGCACAAAGAUAUGUCUCUGAACCCAAUAUAGUUUUAUGACGAAAAUAUGAACUUAAUAUCUGGGGUAGGUAUGAUCAGACUAGGUCCCAUACAAAUUCAUAUAUCAAAGAGGCAUCAUGGGAGCGUGACUGUUGGCAGUAAUCUCAGUACAAGGGCAUAAUAAUUUACAACUUGAUUAUUCCUGUGUUAUGAUAGGGUUUUUUAUACUGUGCUUGUUUCUACAUUUGCUUUGAACAAGGCCCUGUACAAGCAGCUACGGAUAUCUAAAAAGCCACUAUUUCGGGGAGGGCUCGGCGGUGUGGCGCAUCGUGCUGAGCGUUAGGAAUACGCUCGCCACCGCAUCUCUGGCCCUUCGUGGGAUCGCAGGUUCGACCUGGACCAGUAACCGGACGAGAGGCAGUCGCUCACCAUAUGAUUAAUAUAUGACUUCUUAUCGCCUUUCCUCUCCCCCGGGAUAAAUAUGUAAAUCCUAUCAUAUCUUUUCAUUGUGGCACUGCCUACCUCAUUCAACUACACUUGAGUGAUAAAGAGGUAACCAUGAUGUCAUCGGGCCCACCUCUCUGUUCAACUCAAUCCGGUCAACAGACAAAGAGGAAAAUUCAGAUAUCAUCCUACUCUCACUUAACUACAAAAAUACACACAAGAAGGAAUUAAAACAUCUUAGGCAAGAUGGAUGUAUCAGAAUAUGCUGCUGAUCAAACCAAAAACUGCAAAUUAUUUUCUAAAAUUCCUGAAAUGCUGAAAGGUGAACCAUGUUUCCUGGGAAUUGAUGAAGCUGGACGUGGGCCAGUAUUGGGACCUAUGGUUUAUGCCACAUGCUUUUGUCCGCUAUCUUGCAAAGAAAAACUUGCCAACCUUGGAUGUGACGAUUCAAAAGCAUUGAAAGAAGAGCAACGAGAUGAAUUAUUCCAGAAACUGGACAAUUGCACAGAUGACUUCGUAGGCUGGAUCAUAAAUAUUUUAUCUCCAAACUAUAUUUCAACUUCUAUGCUGAGUCGAACCAAGUACAACCUCAAUUCAAUUUCUCAUGAUACUGCAAUCGAUUUAAUAAAGUCUGUACAAAACCUCGGGAUAGAGCUUAAAGAAGUUUAUGUUGAUACAGUUGGCUCUCCUGUCACAUAUACGGCAAAGCUGAAAGAGAGAUUCCCUUCCAUCGACAUAACUGUAGAGUCGAAAGCUGAUGCAACCUACCCUAUCGUUAGUGCUGCUAGUAUUUGUGCAAAAGUGUGUCGCGAUAAAACUGUGAAAAAUUGGAAGUUUUCGGAUAAGAUUCAAGUUGCAGAAAAUUAUGGCUCUGGUUACCCAUCUGAUCCCAGCACAAAAGCUUGGUUGAGACAAAGCGUUGAUCCGGUGUUUGGAUUUCCUGAUUUUGUUAGAUUUAGCUGGUCAACUGCUAAAAACAUACUUGAAGACGAGGCAGUAGCUGUGGAAUGGCCAGAUGAAGAAGAAGAGGAGGGUGACAAGAAAUCAAACACACCUGCUAUAACAUCAUUCUUUUCAAAUGAUACUAAGAAGCGAAAUCGACAUACGUUUUUUAAAGAAAAUCAUUUAAAUACGGUCGGCUCUUUUUGACCAUAAUUUGCAAUUUUGUCCCAAUUUAUUGUAGGUUGAAAAAUAAAUAAUCUGACAUUAAUGCCACAGUUGAACACAGUUAUGGUUCACUAUUGCUAAUCCCCAAAUUCCAUGAAUUUAUUGAAAAUUAAAUAACUGGCGUCACACAUAACUAGCAGUGUCUAGAAUUGAG